AUGGGGCCGUGUCCUGCUCCCGUCCUCAUCCUCACUCUGCUCCUGCUGCUGGGGGUUGUGGUGAAUGCGCAGCCCCGGGGACGGAUCCUGGGGGGCUACGAGGCCAAGCCCCACCUGCGGCCUUACAUGGCCUCGCUGCAGCUGGACGGGCAGCACGUCUGCGGGGGCUUCCUCAUCGCAGAGCAGUGGGUGCUGAGCGCCGCGCACUGCACCGAGGGGACGAACGGCAAGCUCUUCCAGGUCCUGCUGGGAGCCCACUCGCUGACCGAGCCGGAGCCCCACAAGCACCUGUACCGGGUGCGCGCGCAGAUCCCCCACCCCGGCAGCAACAUCCACAACAACAGGGACGACCUCCUGCUCCUCCAGCUGGAGGAGAAAGCGGAGCUGAACGCGCACGUGAAGGUGCUGCCGUUCCAGCGGGAGGACAGGGACGUUGAGGCCGACACGGUGUGCGAGGCCGCGGGCUGGGGCACCGUCACCCACAGCGGCCGGCGGCCGGACAAGCUCCAGCAGGUGGAGCGGCCGGUGAUCAGCCGCGACCUCUGCAACCACCGCACCCGCCACGACCACACCAUCACCGAGAAGAUGAUGUGCACCGACUCCCGCAAGAAGGACACCUGCAAGGGAGACUCCGGGGGCCCCCUGGUCUGUAACGGCGUGGCCGAAGGGGUGGUGACGGCCGGCUCCCGGGUCUGCGGCAACUACAAGAAGCCCGCCAUCUACACCCGCAUCGCCCCGUACGCUGCCUGGAUCGACGGCGUCAUGGCCUCCGCGGCCAGGGACGAGGCCGGGGACGGGUCCGCUCGCUGAGCCGGGCACACGGAGGGACCCGGCUCCACGCCACGGCUUGCUGCUGCCGGCCUGGC